AUGAACUUUGAAAAGAUAACCUCCCUCAUGGGAGGUACACUCUCGAGCGAAGAGUACCGUGGGAAUUUCGCCCAUAUUCGGUUCACUAUUGCGGCCCUGGAACAGAGCCCUGGCUUCAGAACUUCCUCCGAGCUUCGGGCGCGAGUAUUGCUACUCAAGGCCGUCCUGUCAAUGCUGUCUGGGAAUUUCUCGGAAUCCCUUUCCGCCCUCUCGGCACUCAACGAUGAUGCGGCGGACUUGGGUGAAAGAUGGGCCUUUCGCAUCAAGAGCUACGAACGCCUCUGCGCCUACCUUCAGCUGGUCCCGCCCCUUCUGCGGUUCCAAUCACAGUAUGGCAGUUCCGCAGGGACCAUCAGGGAGGCCGAGUUACGGGAAUCAAUCGCGCAGCUUUCGGCAUGGCACAGCGAGGUCGAGGACUUGGAUCAAUUUGAAGCUGCACUUCCGACGUAUCUCUACCAGUCCAACCUCUACCUCUGGGCCGUCCAAGGUCAACACGACCAGUAUGCGAAUCAGCCGCUGGCAGCAAAGGGAGCAGAGAUCCUCUCUCAACUGGAUACCACGUUCCUUCACCGUCUCAAGGAAUCGGCUACAGAACUACACCUCAGUCAAACCGCUGCUUCCCUGGGAAGGAUAGAGUACGAGUGCGAGGUUGCGAGGGGCUCUGAGUCGUCCGAUACUUUAUUCAAUCAGCUUUACAAUCAUCAUGAGGACAACAUUGACAUUGUUGUCCAAGGCGGCUUGAAUGGAUGGGCCAACGAGAAGUGGGAUAACGAAGAACCCAAGUUUUCCUUGAGAUACAACAUGGAGGCACAAUCUCACUACUCGAAGGCGCUUGCCAUGGUGGACACAACCAGUGCCCCGAGAUGCAGAGCGGCCAUCUUGCUCAGAAUGGGUUGUAUUAGCCACAUGGAGGGCAUUGUGGCCCGACAGCAAAAUCGAAUUUCUGCCUCGAAGCGGCUAUUUGAAGCGGCGGAUACCCAACUACAAGAGGCAAAGAGGUGGUUUGAGCUCGAUGAGUCGAAUUGUCAGCUGGUAGAGUGCCAUCAGAUACUACUUGAUAUCAGUCGAGAUAGGUUAUCUGGAAUCAACACCAGAGCAUCGGCCAUAGGCGAAUGGGGGAAAACCGCACGACAUGAAACCUUAUCACAGUUCCUUGGGCUUCUCAUGAUGAGGUUUGGUCGGCGUCAGUAUCUAGACGGGCUCGACGCAAAUAGGGGAUUACUUUGCCUGUCAUGCGCGGGGUCAUGUUUCCGUGCUUUGGGAGACGACGUAUUCGUCCUCCAGGCUCUGAUGGCUGAAGCGGACACUCAGUAUCAUACCGGCAAUGGUGGUCUAGCACGGAUCAGGAUUGACGAGGCCAGAGAACAACUGCAGGUGUCGCUAGAUCAUAUGAGAGACCUUGCUUUCCGACACCCAUCUCGUGCGUCUGCUCUUCGAGGCAUUUUGCUCAACAUGCUCUUGGGGUUCCACCCCGUGGCCUCGAAGAUUUACGCGCUCUCUGUGAAUCCGAGAGAUUGUGAGAAAUGGAGCGAAUACUACCGCACCGCCAUGGCUGAUAUCAAGGCCCAUGGCUAUUUUCAGAAGAUUAUGGCCCUACCAUCACGUCCUGCUGGAUCUUCAGAUAGCAAUCAACCGCCCAUUAUGCUUAAUAUGACUGCCAUAUUCCAGGAGCAGAGGGAAGCCGAGAGCCUUGCGAGAAAUUACCAUGAAAAAUCCAAUAUGGCUUACUCAGAACUCGAGAAAGGCAAUAUCGAUGGAUACGAAGCUCAUCUACAAGAGUUUCUGGAUGACAGCUCCUCAAGCGGCGCUCCUCCCCUCAAGAUCUGGUAG